UAUACUCACCACUUAAUGUCGGAAUCUUACUAGUAUAAACGCGCGGGCGUAAUUUCUGUUGUUGUUUUUAUCAAACAGCGGAAAACAUCUGUAUUAUAGAAAGCGUCAUUUCCUCGUUGAAAGAUAAACAUUUUUACUACUGCAGAAACGUUUCAAGCAGAAGCUAUUUCUGCGGUGAUUCACCUGGUAGUAAUUAGUGUUGUACAUAAAGAACAGAGGCAAGGAGGUUAAGAAUUAUUUGAGAUUGUUUCCUGUUUCACGAUGAAAAACUUAAUGGAAUUUAAAGUCUAUUUAUUCAGUGUGUUGACAGUUGCUUACGGCUGUUCAGAACCGGAGGGUGGUUACAAAGAGCCCACGCCGGCGGACAAUGUUUUCUAUUCAAAACACGUCGUCGUCGGUGAAGUAACUGAACUUUUACAACCGGAUCCUAUUUUCGAAGAUAUGUAUGGCAAUAGUACCUACGGUGCCAUGGUAACGGUCCGGUGUACAUACAAGGGCGGACCACUACCCGGGCGUAUUCAGAUAGGAGGGGCAGGUUAUAUACCGGGACACUGCUCAUCUAAAGACCUGGAGAAAGGAAAGAAAUAUGUAUUGUUUCUACGCGGAAAAGAAGAGAAUGGACACUCAUACGAACAAAGCCAAAUAGCCGUCUUAGAAGAUGAAUUGAAGAAUUAUUUAAACGUCUGUGACCUACACAUGCAGUAUCCUGAAGAAAAAGGUAUGGCGUUGGAGCGUCCUGUGUGUCCUGCUGCAAGCAAACUUGACACGUGCAAGCGCCACGGUGAAGCAAAACAACCGAAAACGGUGGAGAUAGUCACCGUAAAAUCAAAACCGGUUUAUACGCAAGGUGAAAACACGGAACAGACGCCGGAGCCCGUCGUUGGAAAGAGCAAGACAGACGAGCAGAAUACGGCCAUGACAGUGAUGACGUCACUAUCCGCAAUUUUAGUCUGUGUUGUGAUUCAGUUAAUGAUGUGAAUGAAUCAUCAUUCGUUAGGAAAGAGCAAUUUCAUAAGGAAAAUUUACUAAAAUUACAAAAUUUUAAACAUUACUCCUCUAUUGUAUCGCUUUCAGUCUAUCCACAGCAUACAGACUGGUUAUUACAUGAGCUGCACCAUGAGAAAACCAACAUAGUGCGUUUGCGACCAGCAUGGAUCCAGACCAGCCUGCGCAUCCGCGCAGUCCGGUCAGGAUCCAUGCUGUUCGCUAACAGUUUCUCUAAUUGCAAUAGGCUUUGAAAGCGAACAGCAUGGAUCUUGACCAGACUGCGCGGAUGCGCAGGCUGGUCCGGAUCCAUGCUGGUCGCAAACGCACUAUGUUGGUUUUCUCAUGGCGCGGCUUACAUAAGCUUCCCUUAUUUAUAGACUUGCAUAUUUAACUGUUCGUGGAAAUUAAAACCAAAGGAUCAAUAUACUACCUGAUUUGUGUCACACAUAGAAAUACAAAAAAAUAUACAAUGAGGUUCAGUGAAAUUUGAACAAAAGAAUAAAUAAACUCGCAGACAACACAAUUAACUUCAGAUUCGCUGCAAAAAUAAUGAAUGCAGUGGGUUUGUCAUCCUUAUGAGUCAUAGCCCUUCAUAAGGCAAAGGUCAAUUAAAUAUAAAGUAACUGCUAAUAUUUUCAAUCGACACCACAGAACAAUCAGAUUUAGAUUUGACAUAGAUAUUGGGACCAAUAAAUUAUGUUAUCAUUUUCUUCUAAAAUUCUGACCAUGUUUGAAAAAUUGACUGCAUAUUAGUUUUUGCAGCUAUAAGAUAUCAAACAAAACAAGGUACACUCACUGCUGCACUACCCAUUAGGUCAAAUCAUAGGAAAGAACAUGCUAACACUCUUGAGACAACAUUUUGACUUCAUAAAACUUUGUCAGAAUGUUUUGUUUUCUCUCUAUUAAAUCUAGACUAAGUUCAAAAUUGGUUUACCUGAUAUAAAAAAAAACUAGAUCACUGGAUCAAUCAUAGAAAAAAAACAUUGUUAACACUCUAUCUAAAGACCAUAUUUUUUCAUUUAAUCUUCAUAAAAAAUGUGAAAAUGUUUAUCUCCGUGAAAUAUAUUUCAGAUUCAAAACUCGGUUAUCUGAGAUCUUGAAGCAGGUCACAUGGUCAAAUCAUGGUAAAACCUUUUUAACACUCUAGAGGCAACAUUUGCUACUUGAUAGUCAUAAAACUUUGUCAAAAUCUUUGUCACUAUGAAAUCUAGGUAAGGUUAGAAACUGGAUUAUUUAGGUCAAAUACUAGGUCACUGGGUCAAACCAUAGAAGACAUUGUUUGCACUCUAAAGGGCAAAUUUUCUGCCUGAUUUUCAUGAGACUUGGUCGGAAUGUUUGUCUGUUUUAAAUGUAGGAUAAAUUUGUAACUGGUAUAAAGUCAAAUCAAAGAAAAAUCUUUGUUAACACUUUAGAGGCAACUUUUGAACUUGAUCAUCUUGUAAAUCUUUGUCAGAAUGUUUGCCUAUAUGAAAUCUAGAUCAAGUUCAGAAGUGGGGUACCAAAGGUCAGAAACUAUGUCACUAGGUCAAAUCAUUGAAAACACUUCGAUACUGAUCAGCCGGAUAUACAUAAAACAUGGUCAAAAUGUUUGUCUCUAUGAAAUCUAGGCCAUAUUAAAUACAGUGUUAUCUGGGUUGAGAACUAGGUCAGGCGACCGAUACAGGGUCUUCAGGGCCCUCUUGUAUACAAGAACUGAUUAAUUGUUAUUGUAUUUGUGUGCCAAGUAUGUGUCUCGGUGUUGUAUGACGUAUUUGUAUUUUAUAUUAUAUAAAUAUAGAGAAUGAUUGGUGCGGUUCACUUAUUAUACACUUAUGCUAUUUGUAACUUUUAUUACAGUACAGAACUAAACAGUUUUCAAGAGGCAAUUAAUUAUCCUAUUAUAGCUGGUUAAUUAAAGAACGUCUUACUAUUUUAAAAUACUAGUAAUGCAAUAAAAAAGAAGCAUAUAGGCUUAAUUAAUACAGGAAAAAAAGAGGUUCCAAGAAAGUGCGUACUUUCAUUGUAAUUGCAGACUUGUUUUGUGUAACUACAGUAGACUGUAGUAUCUCUGUCCUGUACUGUUUUAAUGGAAUUUUAGAAACAGGAGUGAUAAUGUAUUGAUGUAUAUGCCCGGACUGGCCAACCAUAUAUAUUUUAUCGCCGUCAUCUUCUUUAUAUAGUGUUUCAUAUUUGUGCUUAGCUUAAAUUCACAGGUGCUCGUCCAGUUAUUGUGACUAGUGGGCAAUCCCUUCCUCUUAACCUAAGAAAUUAUAACUCCACAGAUAUCAAUUGUGAUAAAAACAACAACAAAAGAUAAACUGCUACAUUAGGAUUACAUGAAAUAUUUCAGAGUUUCUCCCUUUUCAUUCUGGUGUUUGGACCUAAUGGAUAAAUACUGCACGGGCACGUGUCUCACUUGCGGCAUAUCUACUGUAUACUUAUUAUACUUUGUAAUAAAAUGAUGCAUAGGUUUAUAA